GGGUCCCGCGGCUCCUGAGGUGGCGGCGGGUGCGGGAAGAGGCUCUGACCCGGGAGCCCCGCGGAGGAGCGAAACACGAGGGCCGCGCGGCGUCGGUUGCCGGCAAGCAGACGGGCCGGCCGGUGGCAGGAAGUACUGACAUAACCAUGGCAGAAGACAAAGGUCCACGAGUGGCUGACUAUUUUGUGGUGGCAGGGCUCACUGAUACAGAUACUGCAACACUCCUGGAGCAAGAAAUAAGCCGACAUGAAACAAAAUCAGCUGGUCCAAAAGCUCCAAUUACUGAUAUUGCUGUGAUAAUUAAAUCAGCAGGUGAAACUGUCCCAGAGGGAUACACCUGUGUUGAAGCCACCCCUACAGCCCUUCAAGCCAACUUGAACUAUGGAAGUUUAAAGAGUCCUGAACUUUUUCUUUGUUACAAGAGAGGACGAGACAAACCACCUCUUACUGACAUUGGAGUUCUGUAUGAAGGGAAAGAACGCAUUAUUGCAGGCUGUGAGGUGAUUCAAGCUACUCCUUAUGGUCGUUGCGCUAAUGUUAACAACAGUUCGGCUUCUUCUCAACGCAUCUUUAUCACAUAUCGAAGGGCUCCUCCAGUACGACCUCAGAAUUCAUUGGCAGUGACAGAUAUUUGUGUUAUUGUUACGAGCAAAGGAGAAACACCUCCUCAUACAUUCUGCAAAGUUGAUAAGAAUUUAAAUUGUGGUAUGUGGGGUUCCAGUGUAUACCUUUGUUACAAGAAGUCAGUGCCAGCUUCUAAUUCUUUAGCAUAUAAAGCUGGCUUAAUUUUCAGAUAUCCUCAAGAGAACUAUGAAUCAUUCCCACUGUCAGAAUCUGUACCUCUCUUCUGCCUUCCUAUGGGAGCUACUAUUGAGUGCUGGGACCCUCAAACCAAAUAUCCACUACCAGUAUUCUCAACAUUUGUACUGACCUGCUCUUCUGCAGAAAAGGUUUAUGGUGCUGCUAUUCAGUUUUAUGAGCCUUAUCCCCGAGAGCUGCUAACAGAAAAACAACAAUUGCAGCUGGGUCUCCUGACAACUGUAGAGAGGAAAGUGAUUACUUCCAAGUCCAUCAAUUCCAACAAAUGCAUCUGCCUUCUCUCACACUGGCCUUUCUUUGAAGCAUUUCGAAAAUUUCUUAUGUUCAUCUACAAACUGUCUGUCUCUGGACCUCAUCCUCUUCCCAUUGAAAAGCACAUAUCCCAUUUUAUGCACAAUAUACCUUUCCCUUCACCACAAAGACCAAGAAUUCUUGUGCAGCUUUCUGCCCAUGAUGCAUUAAUACUGUCUCAGCCAGUUUCUACACCAUUGCCAUUAAGUGGAGCAAACUUCAGCACUCUGCUCAUGAAUCUUGGACCGGAAAACUGUGCCACUCUGUUACUCUUUGUAUUACUAGAAGGCAAGAUCCUCCUCCAUUCUCUUAGACCAGCUGUGUUGACAGGAGUUGCUGAAGCUGUAGUAGCUAUGAUAUUUCCAUUUCAGUGGCAAUGUCCAUACAUCCCACUCUGUCCUUUGUCUCUGGCCACUGUACUCAGUGCACCUGUUCCAUUUAUUGUUGGAGUUGAUUCACGAUACUUUGAUCUGUACGAUCCACCACAGGAUAUUGUGUGCAUUGACUUAGACACAAACAUGGUGUACAUAUCAGAUGAUAAGAAGAGCACUAACUGGAAGCAGUUUCCUAAGAAGCCAUGUAAAAGUCUAAUCAGCACCUUAAAGAAACUGCACCCGCAGCUGGCAGCAGUUCACAGGAAAACUCAAGAAGGCUCUGCAGUGGAGAUGACUCCUAUUGAGGCAGAUUUCUCCUGGCAGAAGAAAAUGACAGAACUCGAGAUGGAGAUCCAGGAAGCUUUUCUUCGUUUUAUGGCAUCUAUUUUAAAGGGUUACAGAACAUACCUCAAGCCAAUCACGCAGGCACCUUCAAAUAAAGCAACUGCUGCUGAUUCGUUGUUUGACCAUCAAGGAUUUUUAAAAAGCAGAGACCGUGCCUAUACAAAAUUCUACACACAUCUCACCAAAACACAGAUAUUCAGCCGCUUUAUUGAAGAGUGCAGUUUUGUGAGUGACAAGGAUACUGGCUUGGCAUUUUUUGAUGACUGCAUAGAAAAGCUCUUUCCAGAUAAAGGAAUAGAAAAAGGAGAGAAGGUUGAUGCAGAUUCUGUCGAAGAUGCACGGUUGAUUGAGCUUGAUGAAUCACAAAAAAGUGAACACACAGUGUUCAUAAUGCCACCAGAACCUCCUGCUGAUGAUGGACAGGACCGAGUGCCAAAAUACAGCUAUAAAAACUUCCCACGACUAGAUUUCAAGCUCUUUGACAGGCCACAGGAGCUCAAGCUCUCCUUCAGCAGACACUCAGCUGGAAGCAGCAUUUCAAAUAGUCCAGCACUUAUGGCAAAGAGGACAAAACAGGAGAUAAAAACAGCCCAUAAAUUAGCCAAGAAGUAUUACUUAAGUCCCCCACAAUGGGCAAAGUGUCUCUUCAGUCAUAGUUACAGCCUGUGGUUUAUUUGUCUGCCAGCCUAUGUCAGAGUUGCACAUCUCAAGGUCAAAGCACUGCAGCAGGCGUACGAUGUUCUAAUUAAAAUGAGGAAAACUGAUGUGGAACCACUAGAUGAGGUCUGCUACAGAGUUGUUAUGCAGCUCUGUGGACUGUGGGGUCAGCCUGUUCAGGCUGUGAGAGUCCUCUUUGAAAUGAAAAAUGCUGGAAUACAGCCAAAUGCAAUCACCUAUGGUUAUUACAAUAAGGCAGUCUUAGAGUCAUCUUGGCCUAGCAGUAACCGCAGUGGCAUAUUCCUGUGGACAAAGGUACGAAAUGUAGUUCAUGGCACAGCACAAUUUAGACAAUGCUUAAAGAAAUCAACGCAGAGCCCACGAGUACCUUUCAUAUCAGCUCUGCGAAGUGCCACAGGUGGAAGUGUUGGGGACAUGGUGAGCCAUGGUAGCGUGGAUAGUUCUAAUGAUGCUAACAGUGGGGAGCACGCUGUCUUCGUCAGUGACUUAGUCAGGCUUGAUUCCAUUGAUAAUCACUCUAGCACAGGUGGUCAGUCAGACCAGGGCUAUGGAUCCAAGGAUGAACUUCUAAGAGAUGAUGGGGAUAGCCUUCAUUCAGCUGAAACACAAGCAGAGAAAGAUACUUCUUCUAAAGCUGAAGAUCUAAUAGGAGAGGUUUUUAAUGAGAAAUUUGAUGAAAAGCGACAGCUGAAUAUAGAAACUCAUAGUCCAACAGACCCACCUGCUUGGGGUAGCAGUAUUGUGAAAGUUCCAUCUGGCAUUUUUGAUAGCAGUGGAAGGAAAAGCAAAACUGGUUCUAGCCCACUGGUCAUAACUCAGGAUUCAGCUGAAGAUACGCUCUUUGGUGAUGUUUCUCCUAAGAAAACAAGUGAAAAAAGACAGAAGAGGCAGAAACUGUUUUCAGAGAGAAGCUGCAGUUUCAGCAGUGACAGCAGAGCAGGAAUGCUCAUGAAAAAAGGCAGCUUGGACUUGCAUUCUAAAGAACUGGCAAUAAUGAUGGGAGCAGAUGCCAAGAUCCUAACAGCAGCUUUAUCUGGGGCUAAAACUUCACCCUCUCACACGAGCAAAUCCCACAACAUUGAAAGUAUCAUUGACCAGGAGGUUUCUGGCGUAAGUGGCAUGUGGAAUUGUGUGACUGAGAGUGACUGGGAAUUGGAGCAUAGGUCUUCACCAGUGCUGGAAGAACCUGGGGAAGGGCAUGAGCAUCUUGAGAAUGGAAGAGAUGAAAACUUGACCACAGUGGAAGCCCUAAACCUAAAACAGUCAGUUGAAUCAAAAAAUGAGAAACCAGAAUCCAAAGAUGCAAGUACUAAAAGGAAUAGCCUAUGUGGAGUGCUUAAGCCUAUUGAAAGGGAAGAUGUUGAAGUAGGCUUGGAUCCUUUAUCUUUGCUGGCUACUGACAGCACAGACCAAAGGCAUUUGGAACCUGAGGAAAAGUUGGUGUCACCAGUUGCAGCACGUAAUUUGGCAGAUGAAAUAGAAAGUUAUAUGAAUCUGAAGAACCCCUUGGGUAAUAAGUUUCCCAGCAUGGAACUGCACAAGCCAGAUAGAGAAGCCUCUGAUACACUUGGUCACUCCCAAGAAAGGAGGUCAAGCCUGCCUUUGGAUCCUGUCUUGCCAUUCCCAAAGUCUUCUGAAAGUCAGAGGAGUCCUUCUGUUUCCAGAUCCAAAACAUUCACUGUACAACCAAAGCAACAAACCCAUCUGCAAGUUCAAAAGGAGCGGUCUUCAUCUUUGACAGGACUGGGUCGUUCUUCUCCACAUGGCUCUUUAGGAUCUGUUGUAACAACUUUAUCCAGUCUGAAGCUGGACAAUAUACUGUCUGGACCAAAAAUGGAUGUCCUGAAAUCAGGCAUGAAGCAGGCUGCCAAUGUAGCCAGUAAGAUGUGGGGAGUUGUAACUUCAGCAUAUAGUUACUCAGAUGAUGAGGAAGAAAACAAUCGACCAGACUUUAACUUCCCGGCUGGUUUUGAAGAUAAUAUUUUGGGAGAUAAUCUGACAUCAAGAACUGGCGUUCCAGGGCUCAUUACAAAUGAGCUUGCACAAAGCACUACUAGUCUUGGCAGUAGCAGUAGCAGUGGAGAUGCAGGAAGACAGCAUUACAGUGCAGGUGAAGUUUUAUUGCCAAGAAGUAUGAAAGUACAAGAUUCUGAGAAGUCAGAGCAAAGCUCUUCACAUAAUACUAGCCUAUCCAGCAUUUUCCAGAACUAUGCAAUGGAGGUAUUGAUGUCUAGCUGCUCUCAAUGUAGAGCUUGUGGUGCUUUGGUUUAUGAUGAAGAAAUUAUGGCUGGAUGGACAGCUGAUGAUUCAAACUUGAAUACUACCUGUCCUUUCUGUAAAAGUAUCUUCUUACCUUUACUUAAUAUUGAAUUUAAAGACCUACGUGGCUCUGCAAGCUUUUUCCUGAAGCAAAGUACUUCGGGAGAUAGUUUACAGAGUGGUACCCUUCCAUUAACCGCGGACCCCCUGGAGCAGAAGCUGUUGUCCAGUCCAGCUGUUGCUGACUUGAUCAGUUUUUCAGAUCACCCACAGUCCAGCCACACCAUAGCUGAAGAAACUAGCUCUGCAGCUGAGCAGAGUGAUGUGGCAGAAGAACAGAGUAAAGAUCCCAGAACCCUGAAGACAUCUUCCAAUAAUGCACCAAAAAGGGGAGUGUCCUUGACUCGGAGCCACAGUGUUGGAGGUCCACUGCAAAAUAUUGAUCUUUCCCAGAGACCAUCUCAUGGAAUUUCAACAGUUAGUCUUCCAAACAGUCUGCAGGAAGUUGUGGAUCCUUUAGUAAAAAGACCUAAUCCUCUCCCUGUAUCUGUGCCCUACUUGAGCCCUUUGGUAUUGCAUAAGGAGCUUGAAUCACUGUUGGAAAAUGAGGGAGAGCAAGUAAUUCAUACAUCCAAAUUCAUCAAUCAACACCCCAUAAUUUUCUGGAACCUAGUUUGGUAUUUCCAACGGUUGGAUCUGCCUAGCAACUUACCUGGACUCAUUUUAACAUCUGAACACUGUAAUGAUGGAGUGCAGCUUCCUUUGACGUCUCUUGCUCAAGAUAGUAAGCUAGUAUACAUCCAUCUUCUGUGGGACAAUAUCAACCUCCACCAAGAACCAGGGGAGCCCCUGUAUAUAUCUUGGAGAAAUCUCAAUUCUUCUGAAAAGAGACCCUCCACACUGGCAGAAGAUCAGCAGGCAACAAACACUUUGCUGGAGAACAUUAAACUAAGUAUUCAACACAAUAAUGUUGUUAAACCAAUCAACCUGCUUCUACAGAAGGUUAAGCCAGAUGUGAAACGACAGAGGAGUUUUUACAGAGAAAUUCUUUUCCUCUCUCUGGUGUCUCUUGGAAGAGAGAACAUUGACAUUGAGGUUUUUGAUAGUGAAUACAGAAUUGCACAUAAAAAUCUACCAAAGGAAGUUCUUGAAAAGAUGCACAAAAUAGAUGCUCCACCAAGCAGCAGGGUUGAGUGUUGUAGGAAGUGCUUUGGAGCACCUUUAAUAUGAAAAUGAGGAAGACCCCGGUGUGACAAAAGUAGAGAUGAACAAACCAGGAGCAUGGUGAUAUGUACACUUUGAAUCCCAAAAGGUGAUAUCUGAGCAAUUUGUCAAAGCAAUUUCCUUGAGAUACAUCAUAUAUUUUUGUCUCACGAAACAGUGUAAAGUAUGUUAAAAUGUUUUUAAACUAUAUUAAUGGGGUGAGUUGGUUUCAGCGAUUGAUCUGCUUUUUUUCACUGUAUAUACUUUUUGUCUUUCCUCAGAUCAUUCUCCCACAACAUGAAAUUGUUCAAAAAGGUGAUGAUAGAACAGCCUCUUAAGUUGCUGAUAUAAGAGCCACCAAUAUUUAUGUAUUUUAAUGAACUACUUUUCCUGCCACAGAAUACUUAGGUUCUUCACUACUACUACAAAAUAGCCUUUCCCUAAAGAAGGAUUUUUUUAUUAGUGUGCAGUAUGUGUGUAUGAAUGUAAAUACUUGAGUCCUUGCAUUGGAAAUUGCAAUGCAGUUGCUUUUAUCAGAUCACAGUACCUGAAAUUGCUACCCUUUCCCUGGCCCUUGUCCCAGUAUUCUAAAUUAUCUUUGGCUGACAUUUUCAUAAUGUAUGUCUGCAGUUGUAAAAACCACUCAGUUUUUCUGUAUUCUCUGUCUGACACAUUAAAGAUCCUAUGAAUGUGCUGCUGCUUUCUCCAAGACAAUGAUGGGCUUCUACACAAAGCAGCUCAGAAAUGGAUGGCUUUCUAAAAACUUUUUUUAGGAAGCUUUAAAAUGGCAUUAGAAUUUAUACAGGGUUUGUUAAACAGAUGCUGUCUGAAAAAAAAAUUACUCUCUAUACUGUAUGCAUGUGUGCUUGAAAGGUAUCUUUUCCUUUAAUUCUUCUGUCACCCUUUUCCAUGGUUUUAUACUAGCCUGUGGUUAAUUAUUUUGCACUGAUAGUCCAAAUUCAAUAUUUCAAUUAAAAUGUAUUUAUAAAUGUGGUCUUCAAGGUAUAUAUUAGCACAAAUGAAGUGUUUGCGUGUAUGAUCUGGAAAGAUGAAUCCAUCUUUUGGAUUGCUUCUAGUAGAUGAGACACUUCCUCACCUCACAUUCUAACUGACUCUAGUAGUCAUAGUCUUGGCAAAAGCCUGGAUGCUGAUUAACAAUUUCAGUGUUUCAAUUACUUGAGGAAUGGGAUAAGGUUGAUUCCAAUUUUUUUUUUUUUUGUGAAAUUUGAUGGUAUGGCUUUUCUGAUGAAAAUCUAGGGGUAACCCUAGAUUCAGGGGAAAAAAUAAGGUUUGUAGCAUGUUAAAGGAGCAUAGCUAAAACUAUAGUCACAUCUCAGUAUGAAUGUAUUUGCUUCAUAGUACUCUCUUAAAAUGAUGAGGGAUGAAGGUCUGUCUGCAAGAGCUUUUACAUGAAACAAGAAAGCUAACUCUUGUUUUUUUCAUGAGGCUACGGCAAAGGAUUUGCACUAUUCAUAACAAAAUACAUUUGUGUCAUAGACUGAUUUCCUUGUAUUUUGUCUAUAAGUGCUGAUCCAAAGUUUAUAUGGGGAUAUUAUCUGGACAGAUUCUUUCCUAAUGAAAAUAUUGUGCUUUCUCAACAAUCAAAAGCAAGAAAGCACAUGGUGACUUCAUUUUUUGUUUGGGUUUGGGUUUUUUUUUCGUCCUGUAUUCUUUAGUUUUAUGCAUGGUUGCUUGCAGGUAUCUGAUCUGCAUCACAAUGGAAGUGUAGAGCUUAAUUCUUCAUAUUUUCCUCUCUUCUUCAAUUACAUAAUUGACAUGCACAGUUCCAUCCUUUCAAGGUAAAUUGUCUGUGUGAAGCACUCAUCCAAACAAUUCUUAUACAAAUCAAACCAGCAAAUUUUCUUGUAUUGUUCUAUACUUAUCUUAAAUGUACAGCUAUACAAAGACAGUUUCUAAAUGUUAAAUGGACAGAUCAUAUGAUUAUGUGGUGCAAUUUGCAAAGAAUCAAAUUUUAGCUAUCCUUAACUUCUCCUCGCUCAUUAAAUUACAAAGAAAAUCUGUGCAGUGAGUACUGUUUUAAGUAAUUGGUGACAUUCAAAUUGUUUUAAACCAUUGUAAAUAACAUUAUUAUAAACUGGAUCAUGUAAGAGAUCACUUUGAUUUCAAAAUGACCUUCCCAUCCAUAGCUAAAAAUACAGAUAAUUCAGGCAGUAGUGGUGUAGAAAGAGCAAAGCAGGUUGUGUCAUAGCAUCUAGUGCUAAAUGUUAGACUUUCCCCAGGUAUGUACACUAAACAAAACCAAAACGAAAACCCAAACCAACAGCUGCCCCUCCUGCCCCAGCAUAACAACAGCAACAAAAAAACCACAAACUAAAUCCUGAAGGGAACAGGACAACUGCAGGAUUGAACUGACUUUGACUUGUUCCUUCAUACUGGCAUUUCUAUACACUACAAAUUAAUUCAUACUCCUUGUGUAUGUACCUGGAUUUCAGAGUGGUAGAAGUCCUGCAUGUAUUUACUUGAAAUCUUGAAUCUGCCUACUGUAAUUAAUUCUUUAAUAUAUAAUGACAAAGAGUGCUUACUCUUUAUAAUUUGGAUUUUUUAAUGCCUAGUUUUAAUAGCUAAUGAAUCAGCUGGUCCUUGAAUAAAAUCUGUAGUUCAAAUGAAAAGGAAGAUCUCUGAAUGCAGUUUGUUUGUUAGAUUUUCAGCUAAGUGGUUGGGCGGGGUAAAGUUCACAAAAAUUUGAAAGGAAUUAAGAACUGACUAUUUUUUCCUAGUUGUUUUCUUUCCUUACAAAUACAUGAUGGCACUCCCUGUUCUUCCUUUGACUGUUGGUUCUACUACAGAGAGAUUGCAGGUUUUCCUACACAAACUUUCAGAGAUGUAGGCUCCUCUAACUUGAAUGCUGAAAGAACCGUGAAUGUGCAUAAUAGAAGGGCAGGGCAUAAGAUGCAUAGCACGGCUAAAUACUCACAUGGUCAAAAAUUUGGCCUUGCAAACACUUUUGUCUUUCUGAAAAUUGCACUCUGAAGGCAUAGUAAGUUUUUCCCUGCUAGUAAACAGCAUGAACUUCCUGGGCUACAUAGGAAUGACCUAGCUACCUAUGACUGCUCAUAAUUAGUGGACACUCCACUCCUAGUAAUACAAAUUUAUCUGAAUCCGUAAUGCAUGAACGAAGUGUACAGUGUUGUGAAGGAGGGAUAAGCUUGAUCUUGGUUCUGUUUUUCUCUUGGUGUAAGCAGAAACAGAAGCAUGUUGCUCACUUGCAAAGCUCUUGCUUCCACAUACUCUUUGUAGUAGCUCCAAAGCCAGUGCUCAGGCAAUGGUUUUCUGUGUGCAUUUUGGAAUUGGCACAUGAAGAAAAAGGUUGCAGGUCAAUAGUAACUUCCAAGCCCGCAGUGUGUGCAGAAAGCGAGGGUUUAAAACAAACAUUACAUACAUGGAUGUAAACUGUUAACGAAUUUCAAGUAAGCCCCAAAACUUUGAAAGUUUGUGUUGGAAUAAUAAUUAUUACAGAGAAGCUUCCUUGAACUGUUGUGUUAAAGACACUGAACUGCAGUCAGUUAUGCUGAGAAGAUUGCAUCUUUCACCCAGCUAUAAAAAUUACCUAUAGUUCUAGUUUAUCAAAAUAGCUGGUUUUUUUUUCAGAAUUAAAACAUCAAAUGGAGUCUUACAGGUUUUGGUUUGUUUUAAAUCAGGAUUCUUAAGUGACAAAGAUUUAUUUAUAAAUUAUAUUCUGCCACAUUACCAAGAUGUCUUUCAAAACCUAGUGGGUAAAGGAGACUGAUGUGGCUGUGGUAUCGGCACAGUAAUAGGUACCAGCUUUUAUUACAUGUUACUAGAAGCAUCUCUGUGUUACUCAUAUUCUGUCUUCGCAUUUUAUAUGACUCCAGUUUAGACAAUACAAUUUUAAUGGAAAAUAUUUUAUUUAGUAUAUGGUUUCAAACUAAAUUAAUUUGUUUUGCAAUUAACUUAGCCUUGUUCCUAGUGGAAUUUCACAGUGGUUAAGCUCAAGCUACGUUGCACUUGUGAAUGAGUGAUUUUUAUUCCAUUUUAACUGUGAAUUAAUGGCUUUUUGUAUUGCUGCAGCUAGAAGAGUAUACCUUUCAUUGAGUUUACUGCUUUCCUUGAGUAACUGCAACAUAGGGGAUAUUUUCAAAAUGUAUAUUAAAUUAGAUCAUAGAAAUUAUAUUUUUAAAAGAAAUUGUUAAAAUGUAAGUAACAGAGAAAUCCACUCAAUAGUUUUAUCUUUUUAAAACUUUUAAUUAAGCAAUUAUUUCAAUGCAGAUAACUUGAUUAAAUGGUAAGCAGGUCAUCUUAUUAUUCACAUAACUGUACCUUUUCAACAAAAGUUUUUUUUUUCUUUUAACUAAUAAAGACAUUAAAAUGCCUUCUGUAUAUCAGCUGUUCAUUAUGGACCUUUUUAAAACACACACACACAGCCCUGCAACGGUUAAAGUCUUGAAACUGAAUGGUUGAAUUGGACUCCAGAUUUGUAUUCCACUGUGCUAUGUAUAUUGUAAUGCGUAAGAGAAGAGAAACGGAUGGUCUUUCAGUGCCUACAUCAGUGGUGCAAAAAAAAGGGAUUGUUUGCUGGUUGUUUAGAAGCACAUUGAACUCCUUUUAGGAGCUUAGAAUAAACAGUAUUGUAAUGAGGAUGAAAGGAUGUCAUGUGAAUAAAUUAUCAAUUAAGUGAGCUGGGAAGUUUAAUGCAAUAAAAUUUGCACUAUUUUAGAAACUGUUUCGAACUGUUGAAAAAUGGCAUCCAUGUACUGUGCUUUGAUUAACAAAUGUUUCUCUGUAAUGUUUUUGUACAUUUGACAAAUAUUUUUUGAGUUUAAAAGGGCACUCUGCAUAUUCUGAAUUACGUAUAGAUAUCCUAAACUAAGAAGCAAUUUUUAACGUAUUUCCCAAAAUAAAAUAUGUAUGCGUCCUGUG